AUGCCUAAACGGAAUAACAGACUCUUCGGAGGCUAUUCGAAGGGUACAACAUCAAUCAACGACUGCACCGUCAACCCUCAGACCAGUGAAGAGAAACAAUCCGGUCCAUCGAAUGACUCGCAGCAAGAGUCGCUAUCUUCUGGUGCCAGUUUGGUCUCCAAAAUCAGGAGAGGCAAAGUCAAAUUACUGUCUAAGUUGGGGCUGUGGAACUCUGGGGACACGGAUACUACACCGAGUAGUCCUCUGGACCUCGAUAGCUUGUGCUCUACCAUCGCAUCUGAGCAGGACUCAGAAGACGAGAGGAUCGCGAACGUCUCAAAUCACUUUUGCCCAUCGUCGAACGAUUUCCCGACAACGAUUGAGUUUUAUCAACAACCUGUCUCGACCCCAGGCACGGACAAUUUGGUUUCGGAGAGUUUUGAGUCAGCACAAGCGUCUUUCGAGGAUGAGUUCUAUAUGAAACCUAAUGUCGAUCGAACAAGUCGUGAACCAGUCUUGGCUCGCCGUCUAUCUCUAAAGCUGUUUAUAUUCGGGCCGUCGACUGUCAUCCGCCGUGCAAAGACUAAAGCGAGGCCGGGCAUUGUUCGUAUGGAAGGCUCGUGCCCUAUUCCUUUAGACUACCGAUGCGAUGGCUCUGAGCAGGACAGCACAGAUCAAUCUGCAUAUAUUUCACCCAUAUUCAGUCAGGCCGAUUAUCGCAGCUCAAUAGAUGGGGUUUCGACUUCACUUAUGUUACUCUCGCCCGCCAGCGAAGCCUCUGCUCCGAGAAUAUGGUCUGGGUCUAGCAGAUCUGCUCCAUCAAUUCAAUUGGUCACCAAAGCAAAAGUUAAACCUUCCAUAGUGACAGCCGAGACAGCCGCGGUUGCAAAAGUCUUCUUCGAAACACACUUCAAUGCGAUUCAUUCACCUCAAGACAGUCGCAAGAAGAGAUUUUUAGAACUCCAAGCACACCUGCGUCUCCUCCCAUUCACCAGCGAUGAACAACAUGAAGUACAGAAAGCGUGGGCUGCCCAAGAAAGUGAAUAUCUUCGUCAGACUCGAGUCCUCAAGACUCGUUCGAAUCGUGCACAUAACAGCGACACUGUAUCUCUUGCAGGCUACGAAGUGAUUGGGGUUCUUGGUCAAGGAAGCUUUGGGACUGUUCAGUUGGUGAAGGAAAAGACUCUUGAUCAGGACUUGCUGUAUAAGAAAGGAAGCAAACUUCUAACUUGUCUUGAUGGAAUUCAAGCUAGUAAACCUAGCUGGCGGUUGACGACGAGAGGUAGCCUUGAAUCCGAUGGAUAUGGUUCGGGAAGAGUCCAUUCGAAACCAAACUGGAAUCGUGUAUAUGCAAUGAAGGUAAUACGCAAGGCGGAGAUGGUACGUCUCUGUCAAGAGGGCCAUAUACGAGCCGAAAGGGAGAUUUUGGCUGCAUCAGAGAGAUCAAAGUGGAUCGUUCCUCUCGUUGCUAGUUUUCAAGAUGCCGUUAAUUUGUACCUCGUCAUGGAAUAUGAAGUAGGAGGUGACUUCUUUGGGCUACUUAUACGUCAAGGGGUGCUUGCGGAAGGAGAUACUAUGUGGUAUGUGGCUGAAAUGAUCCUCUGUGUUGAGGAAGCUCAUCGCCUGGGUUGGAUUCAUCGCGAUGUGAAGCCAGAAAACUUUUUGAUUUCUGCUUCUGGGCAUCUGAAACUGGCUGACUUUGGUCUUGCUUUCGAUGGCCAUUGGUCACACAAUCAAUCGUACUUUCACAACCAUCGGUACUCUCUGCUCUCAAAACUAGGAAUCGAUAUUCAGGGCGAUACUGAAGAUCAAGAAAAGAGUCAAGGACCAGAAAAUUCGGAGGCAGGUCUACUUCAGCAGAGCUCGUUUGUCCGGCACCACCACGAUCAAACCGACGAGCCUGUGCUUGAUUGGCGUGAUCGAAAAGAAAAGAGACGGUUUGCUCGAAGUAUUGUUGGGACAAGUCAGUAUAUGGCGCCUGAGAUCAUAGCUGGGGAGCCUUACGAUGGUAGAUGCGAUUAUUGGAGCAUUGGAAUUAUUCUUUAUGAGUGCUUGUAUGGAAUGACCCCGUUUUACCGCGAAGACAGAGAAGAGACCAAGAGGUGCAUUCGUGAUCAUAGAUAUACGCUGCAUUUUCCUCAGGAUCGACUGAGUGACUUAAUCAUAUCGUAUCACGCUAUCGACUUGAUUCAACGACUUCUGUUAAGAAAAGAGUUCAGGUUGUCAAGUAGAGGAUACAAGAUCAAUGACUGCGCUCUAUGGCAUGGACUGCAGAGUCAUAUCUAUGCCAAGUCAUCCGAUCCAAGAAAUUCGUAUUGGAAAGGAAAUCACGUAUACAGGGAUGAUGCAACUGACAUCAAAGCUCAUCGAUGGUUCCGUGACCAUUCCUGGAAUGAUAUGCUUCUUCGUCGACCGCCAUAUGUACCGGAGGAAAGGUGCUGGGAAGAUAUCACGUUCAGAAAUGGAGCGAACGCAGCCUUUAACGGAACUAUCAUUACUCAAGAGCAACAGCAACUCAAUAAGGUUCCUUUACCACCCAUGCCCGAUCCAUGGACGCCCGAAUACCAGAAUAUGAUCGAGCAGAAUGCUUUCGAGAACCGAAUUGAUGACCAUGUAAGCAAGAAACGAAAGCACAAGGAGAAGAAAAGAGCGCGUGACAAAAUCCUCCGAGAUGCGAUUGCAGGACCUACGGCGCUAGAUGUCCGGACGAAGGGUGCCUUUGUGGGCUAUACCUGGAGACGACCGAAACCCGUCAGGGAUGUUCUUGAGAUAGAACGUGGUAGAAGCCUUGUCUGUUGA